CCCGGGAGGUGGGGAGAGCCAGGGACGCCUGGUGGUCUCCUUCUGUCGGUCGGAGGACCGAGCUCUGUUGUAGAAGCGAAAGCUUCCCCCUCCACGGCCGUCCGACUCUUUUGCCUGCUUGUGGAAGGCGCGGACGGGUCGCGUGUGUCUGGAUCUGUUGGUUUCUGUUUCGUGUGUCUUUGUCUUGUGCGUCCUUGUCUACAGUUUUAAUAUGGGACAGACGGUGACGACCCCCUAUUUGACUCUUGACCAUUGGACUGAAGUUAAAUCCAGGGCUCAUAAUUUGUCAGUUCAGGUUAAGAAGGGACCCUGGCAGACUUUCUGUGCCUCUGAAUGGCCGACAUUCGAUGUUGGAUGGCCAUCAGAGGGGACCUUUAAUUCUGAAAUUAUCUUGACUGUUAAAGCAAUUAUUUUUCAGAUUGGACCCAGCUCCCAUCCCAAUCAGGAGCCCUAUAUUCUUACGUGGCAAGAUUUGGCAGAAAACCCCCAGCCGUGGGUUAAGCCCUGGCUAAAUAAACCAAGAAAGCCAGGUCCCCAAAUUCUGGUUCUUGAAGAGAAAAACAAAUACUCGGCCAAAAAAGUCAAGCCCUCUCCUCGUAUCUACCCUGAGAUUGAGGAACCGCCGACUUGGCCGGAACCCCAACCUGUUCCCCCACCCCCACCCCCUUAUCCGGCACAGGGUGCUGCGAGAGAACCCUCUGCCCCUCCUGGAGCUCCGGUGGUGGAGGGACCUGCUGCCGGGACUUGGAGCCGGAGGGGCGCCACCCCAGAGCGGACAGACGAGAUGGUGACAUUACCGCUGCGCACCUACGGCCCUCCCAUGCUGGGGGGCCAAUUGCAGCCCCUCCAGUAUUUGCACUUUUCUUCUGCUUAUCUCUAUAAUUGGAAAACUAACCAUCCCCCUUUCUCGGAGGAUCCUCAACACCUCAUGGGGUUGGUGGAGUCCCUUAUGUUCUCUCACCAGCCUACUUGGAAUGAUUGUCGACAGCUGCUGCAGACACUCUUCACAACCGAGGAGCGAGAGAGAGAUCUGUUAGAGGCUAGAAAAAAUGUUCCUGGGGCCGACGGGUGACCCACGCAGUUGCAAAAUGAGAUUGACAUGGGAUUUCCCUUGACUCGCCCCGGUUGGGACUACAACAUGGCUGAAGGUAGGGAGAGCUUGAAAAUCUAUCGCCAGGCUCUGGUGGCGGGUCUCCGGGGCGCCUCAAGACGGCCCACUAAUUUGGCUAAGGUAAGAGAGGUGAUGCAGGGACCGAACAAACCUCCCCCGGUAUUUCUUGAGAGGCUCAUGGAAGCCUUCAGGCGGUUCACCCCUUUUGAUCCUACCUCGGAGGCCCAGAAAGCCUCAGUGGCCCUGGCCUUCAUAGGGCAGUCGGCCCUGGACAUCACAAAAAAAAAAAAAAAACUUCAGAGACUAGAAGGGUUACAGGAAGCUGAGUUACGUGAUCUAGUGAAGGAGGCAGAGAAAGUGUAUUACAAAAGGGAGACAGAAGAGGAAAGGGAACAAAGGAAAGAAAGAGAGAAAGAGGAAAGGGAGGAAAGACGUGAUAGACGGCAAGAGAAGAAUUUGACUAAGAUCUUGGCCGCAGUGAUUGAAGGAAAGAGCAGUAGGGAGAGAGAGAGAGAUUUUAGGAAAAUUAGGUCAGGCCCUAGACAGUCAGGGAACCUGGGCAAUAGGACCCCACUCGAUAAGGACCAGUGUGCAUAUUGUAAAGAAAAAGGACACUGGGCAAGGGACUGCCCCAAGAAGGGAAACAAAGAACUGAAGGUCCUAGCUCUGGAAGAAGAUAAAAAUUAGGGAAGACGGGGUUUGGACCCCCUCCCCGAGCCCAGGGUAACUUUGAAGGUGGAGGGGCAACCAGUUGAGUUCCUGGUUGAUACCGGAGCAGAGCAUUCAGUGCUGCUACAGCCAUUAGGAAAACUAAAAGAUAAAAAAUCCCGGGUGAUGGGUGCCACAGGGCAACGACAGUAUCCAUGGACUACCCGAAGAACUGUUGACCUGGGAAUGGGAUGGGUAACCCACUCGUUUCUGGUCAUCCCUGAGUGCCCAGUACCCCUCCUAGGUAGAGACUUACUGACCAAGAUGGGAGCACAAAUUUCUUUUGAGCGAGGAAAACCAGAAGUGUCUGCAAAUAACAAACCCAUCACUGCAUUGACCCUCCAAUUAGAAGAAGAAUAUCGACUAUAUUCUCCCCUAGUGAAGCCUGAUAAAAAUAUACAGUCCUGGUUGGAGCAGUUUCCCCAGGCCUGGGCAGAGACCGCAGGGAUGGGUCUGGCAAAGCAAGUUCCCCUGCAGGUUAUUCAGUUAAAGGCCAGUGCUACGCCAGUAUCGGUCAGACAGUACCCCUUGAGUAAAGAGGCUCGAGAGGGAAUCUGGCCGCAUGUUCAAAGAUUAAUCCGACAGGGCAUCCUAGUUCCUGUUCGGUCCCCUUGGAACACUCCCCUACUACCGGUUAGGAAGCCUGGGACCAAUGACUAUCGACCAGUACAAGACUUGAGAGAGGUCAACAAACGGGUGCAGGACAUACACCCAACAGUUCCAAACCCUUAUAACCUCUUGUGCGCUCUCCCGCCCGAAAGGAGUUGGUACACAGUAUUGGACUUAAAAGAUGCCUUUUUCUGCCUGAGAUUACACCCCACUAGCCAACCGCUCUUUGCCUUUGAGUGGAGGGAUCCCGGCACGGGAAGAACCGGACAGCUCACCUGGACCCGACUGCCCCAAGGGUUCAAGAAUUCCCCGACCAUCUUUGACGAAGCCCCACAUAGAGACCUGGCCAACUUCAGGAUCCAACACCCUCAGGUAACCCUCCUCCAAUACGUGGAUGACCUACUCCUAGCAGGAGCCACUAAGCAGGACUGCUUAGAAGGUACGAAGGCACUGCUACUGGAAUUGUCUGACCUAGGCUACCGAGCCUCUGCUAAAAAGGCCCAGAUUUGCAGGAGAGAGGUAAUAUACUUGGGGUACAGUUUGCGGGACGGGCAGCGAUGGCUGACGGAGGCACGGAAGAGAACUGUAGUCCAGAUACCGGCCCCAACCACAGCCAAGCAAGUGAGGGAGUUUUGGGGGACAGCUGGAUUUUGCAGGCUGUGGAUCCCGGGGUUUGCGACCUUAGCAGCCCCACUCUACCUGCUAACCAAAGAAAAAGGAGAAUCCUCCUGGGCUCCUGAGCACCAGAAGGCGUUUGAUGCUAUUAAAAAGGCGCUGCUGAGCGCACCUGCUCUGGCCCUCCCUGAUGUAACUAAACCCUUUACUCUUCAUGUGGAUGAGCGUAAAAAAGUAGCCCGGGGAGUUUUAACCCAAUCCCUAGGACCAUGGAGGAGACCUGUUGCCUACCUGUCAAAGAAGCUCGAUCCUGUAGCCAGUGGUUGGCCCGUAUGCCUGAAGGCUAUCGCAGCUGUGGCCAUACUGGUUAAGGACGCUGACAAAUUGACUUUGGGACAGAAUAUAACUAUAGUAGCCCCCCAUGCAUUGGAGAACAUCGUCCGGCAGCCCCCAGACCGAUGGAUGACCAACGCCCGCAUGACCCACUAUCAAAGCCUGCUUCUCACAGAGAAGGUCAUGUUCGCUCCACCAGCCGCUCUCAACCCUGCCACUCUUCUGCCUGAAGAGACCGAUGAACCAGUGACUCAUGAUUGCCAUCAAUUGUUGAUUGAGGAGACUGGGGUCCACAAGGAUCUUACAGACAUACUGCUGACUGGAGAAGUGCUAACCUGGUUCACUGAUGGGAGCAGCUAUAUGGUGGAAGGUAAGAGGAUGGCUGGGGCGGCGGUGGUGGAUGGAACCCGCACGAUCUGGGCCAGCAGCCUGCCGGAAGGAACUUCAGCACAAAAGGCUGAGCUCGUGGCCCUCACGCAAGCCUUGCGGCUGGCCGAAGGGAAAUCCAUAAACAUUUAUACGGAUAGCAGGUAUGCAUUUGCGACUGCACACGUGCACGGGGCUAUCUAUAAACAGAGGGGGUUACUUACCUCAGCAGGGAGGGAAGUCAAGAAUAAAGAGGAAAUUCUGAGCUUAUUAGAGGCCCUACAUUUGCCAAAAAGGCUAGCCAUCAUACAUUGCCAUGGGCAUCAGAAAGCCAGAGAUCUCAUCUCCGAAGGAAACCAGAUGGCCGACCAGGUUGCCAAGCAGGCAGCCCAGGGUGUUAACCUACUACCUAUAAUAGAGAUGUCCAAAUCCCCAGAACCCGGAUGGCAGUACACCCUAGAAGACUGGCAAGAAAUAAAAAAGAUAGAACGGUUCUCUGAGACCCCAGAGGGGAUUUGCUGCACCCCAGAAGGGAAGGAAAUCCUGCCCCACAAAGAAGGGUUGGAAUACGUCCAACAGAUGCAUUGUCUAACCCACCUAGGAGCUAAGCAUCUGCAGCAGUUAGUCAGAACAUCCCCCUAUCAUGUUCUGAAAUUACCAGGAGUGGCUGACUCGGUGGUCAAACAUUGUGUGCCCUGCCAGCUCGUUAAUGCUAAUCCUUCCAAGAUACCUCUGGGAAAGAGACUAAGGGGAAGCCACCCAGGAGCUCACUGGGAAGUGGACUUCACUGAGGUAAAGCCGGCUAAAUACGGAAACAAAUAUAUAUUGGUUUUUGUAGACACUUUUUCAGGAUGGGUCGAGGCUUAUCCUACUAAGAAAGAGACUUCAACCGUGGUGGCUAAAAUAAUAUUGGAGGAAAAUUUUCCGAGAUUUGGAAUACCUAAGGUAAUAGGGUCAGACAAUGGUCCAGCUUUUGUUGCCCAGGUAAGUCAAGGACUGGCCAAGAUAUUGGGGAUUGAUUGGAAACUGCAUUGUGCAUACAGACCCCAAAGCUCAGGACAGGUAGAGAGGAUGAAUAGAACCACUAAAGAGACCCUUACCAAAUUGACCACAGAGACUGGCGUUAAUGAUUGGAUAGCUCUCCUGCCCUUUGUGCUCUUCAGGGUUAGAAACACCCCUGGUCAAUUUGGGCUGACCCCCUAUGAAUUGCUCUAUGGGGGCCCCCCCCCCCCGUUGGUAGAAAUUGCCUCUGUACAUAGUGCUGAUGUGCUGCUUUCCCAGCCUUUGUUUUCUAGGCUCAAGGCGCUCGAGUGGGUGAGGCAGCGAGCGUAGAAGCAGCUCCGGGAGGCCUACUCAGGAGAAGGAGACUUGCAGGUUCCACAUCGCUUCCAAGUUGGAGAUUCAGUCUCUGUUAGGCGCCACCGUGCAGGAAACCUUGAAACUCGGUGGAAGGGCCCUUAUCUCGUACUUUUGACCACACCAACGGCCGUGAAAGUUGAAGGAAUCUCCACUUGGAUCCAUGCGUCCCACGUUAAACCGGCGCCACCUCGUGACUCAGGGUGGAGAGCCGAAAAGACUGAGAAUCCCCUUAAGCUUCGCCUCCAUCGCCUGGUACCUUACUCUAAUAACUCCCCAGGCCAGUAGUGAACACCUUGUGGACAGCCCGACCUCCCAUAAACCCUUAUCUCUCAUCUGGCUACUCACUGAUUCCAGCACAGGUAUUACUAUUAAUAGCACGCAAGGGGAAGCUCCCUUAGGGACCUGGUGGCCUGAGCUACAUGUCUGUCUUCGAUCAGUAAUCCCUGGUCUUAACGACCAAGCCACACCCCCUGAUAUACUCCGUACUUACGGGUUUUAUGUUU